AUGCUGGACCCAGACAAAGACACCGAGUGGAAUGACAUCCUGCGCAAGAAAGGUAUCCUUCCUCCAAAGGAAAACCGAGAAGAACAGGAGCGUGCAAAAGAAGAGGAGCAGCUUGAAAUCCUUCAGAAGUCUCUCGUGAAAACGUAUGAGGACAUGACUCUGGAAGAGCUAGAAGAAAAUGAGGAUGAAUUUAAUGAGGAAGAUGAGAAAGCUAUUGAAAUGUACAGGCAGCAAAGAUUAGCAGAAAUGAAAGCAGCUCAAAUGAAGAAUAAAUUUGGAGAAGUUUUGGAGAUUUCGGGAAAGGAUUAUGUUCAAGAGGUUACGAAAGCUGGAAAAGGUAUAUGGGUAGUCCUGCACCUCUACAAACAGGGAAUUCCACUCUGUGCCUUAAUAAACCAACAUUUAAGUGGACUUGCAAAAAAGUUCAGAGAUGUGAAAUUCAUCAAAGCUAUCUCUACGACCUGCAUACCCAACUACCCCGAUAAGAAUCUGCCUACGAUAUUUGUCUACCUUGAAGGAGACAUCAGAGCUCAGUUCAUUGGCCCUUUGGUGUUUGGUGGCAUGAACUUGACGAGGGAUGAACUGGAGUGGAAGAUCUCCGAGUCAGGUGCCAUCAAGACAGACCUUGAGGAGAACCCCAGGAAGCAGAUCCAGGACCAGCUCAUGUCCUCCAUAAGGGCAUGUGUCCCAACCAGGGGAGAGAGUGACUCAGAGGAUGACUAACUCCUGCAUCAGCAUCAAGAUUGAUACAGUACAUUUGCAGCCAGUGUUCCUACCUAAAGGACUGGAGGUGCUCAUCAAGAUCUUCCUGAACCCCAUAAGGGGAAUAUUUCAAGACAGCCAUUUAUCUAGAAAUUUCAAGUUGGUGGUUUUUUAUUUUGAUGGUGUGAGGUUUUUUUUUUUCCUUUUCCCUGAAAAAAAAAAUUAUCACAGCUUCACUUGAGAUCAUGAAAGACUUUUUAUAUUACAAAGCCUGAGUAAAUCUUACUCCAAGUUCUAAAAUAUAGACAUCAGUAGAUACAGAA